GCCAUCACCUGUAUAUAAAGCGAACGUUAUUCAAUCAACAGCAUCAGUCUCAAAGUUCUUUUAGCUAUCGAUCAUUCGUGAGCUUAUAGACGUCGACACUCGAAUUAAAUAUCCGAUGAGAUUUCACCACUUGUUGAUCGUUUGCGUCUGCUGGUUGGCCGUCCUAUCGACGACUAGCGCUACCUUUUCGAGAUACAGGUUUAAAAGGCCUUACUUUGCUGUUGCUCCCGUCGCUAGUGGCUGGCCAGCCGGUCAAAAUCAUCAAGUUCCCCUUCAAAAUGCUUUUGCACCAGCGUCACCGGCAUUCGGCGGAAUCCGGAAUAAUGGCAUGCGCUUCCGCCGACAACGGCCCAUCACUCAGAGGCCAGUCAAUCGAUGGAGAUUCGUUCACACGCGUUACGAUUACGAGCACCCAGACCACCACCACAUUUAUCACAGCUAAUUUAAUUAUUAUGAUUUCAUCAAUGAUUGGAUGCUGGUGUGGCGGCUGAGUUAUAGUUUAUAGCGCAGUUUCGAUUGAAUUGCUGAGUUGUGUAUAGUCCAGCCAUCCCUGUUUGCCCCCCGUUAAUUAGUCCCGUUCAUUUCGUCGUAUUAUAUUAUUAUAGAAUGUGAAUGUUUCACCUGUUUCGUGUACUACGUUGCUGGUUUCCCGUGUUUUUUAUCAAAAAUUAUAAACGAAAAUUUCACGA